AUGUAUCGACCAAAUUCAAAGUGGACAUGGGCCUUUUCUGUCAUCGCCUUGGUCCAGGCCAUGAUUAUUCUCGCAUUUGAAAGUUACGUCUUUGCGCAUUUCCAGAUUCACCUCGAGAGCAUUCCCGGCAACCAGACCUCGUCUCGCACCAUUCCAACUUUCUUGACCUUGUAUAUUUUCGGCUUUCUAUACCAACUGGUCCUCGUGUGGGACGCUCUGCGAAUGAAAAAUACCAUUCAGGUCAUUGGGCUGGUCAUGUACAAUGUUGGCCUGCUGAUCUACGGCGCCGUUCAGAUGGAUCAGAUCAGGGAUGCGAUUUUGCAACUGGCCGAAGAUGACUAUAUCCGCAAGAAUAUUUGGUCCGAUACCGAACCAUUUUUGAUCGCCAUCCCCUGUAUUUUGGCGGUCGGGACAGUUCUCAUGGCCGGCUGCGCCUGGAAACUGUACGACGAAUUCGCCUGGACCAUCUACAAACGUAUCUCGGCCGACUUGAGGAUGAAACGACGCUAUCUCCAGUACCAGGUCUACAUCGCCCUAUUGAAGUUUGAUUUCUUCUUCUUCCUCGGAUUUACCGUCCAGUUCGUGGUCAUUGUCACCCAGCGACAAGUCGAAUUCGCCCUCACGAUUGCCGCCAUGCCUGUCACCAUUUUCAUUCUUCUAGCAGCUGCGUGGUUCGUCCGGAAAGAGUCGCUGUUCGGCACGAUUGUUGUUAUUAUCCUCUACUUUGGCGGUCUGGCCUACUUUAUUUUCAAGAUGGUCCGCAUGUAUUCCCCUGGCUGGGAGAUUCCCUAUCUUCCCGCUCGAAAGGAACUUACCACGUUCGCGGUCUUGACCAUCAUUCUGAUCCUGGUUACCAUUGUGUACGCCUGCAUUUGCGCACACAACUACAACAAGGGCCUGAAGCCCUACGUCAACAAACCGCAGAACAUUGAGGACGACGAGAAGCCCAUGAGCGGAAGCGCUUAUGCUCCCUUUGCGACCGAGAUGGAACCAUCGGGGAGUGGAAAACUUCCCGCACCCAGGCCUGUUGCCAAUCGGAUGGAAAUUGAUUGA